AUGGCCAUUCCAAGGGAGAGCUCAGAUCUGGAGGCUGGAGCCAGAUCUGGAGACAGCCCCAGGCGUGCCACAAACGCUCAUGAUGAACUCACACAGGCUGCUGCAAAGGGAGACAAAGAUGGAUGUAGAGGAAUACAUGGCCUCCACAUAAAAGAAUCGUGGACACCUGGCAGUGCCAUGCAGCAAAACAACUCCAUGUCUCAGCGCCACAUUGGUCAACCACUUUUAAAUGGUCUUAGGAUUUUGGUUCCAGUUGGUGUCAAUGUCAAGCACUCCUGGGUCUCAAGUAGCCCAAUCACCACCCACUGCGAUGGCUCUGUCUCUGUUGCCUUGGGCCCUGGCACUACCUGCAUUGCCAAAGCUGAAGAUGCCGUGGAUGAGGAUGAUGGCGUCUGUGAUCUGUUAAGCAUGAUGGUGUGGUGCCCCUGCACUUGUCAGUCUCCCCCACAAUGGCUACGUGCCUUUUUGUUGAGCCUGCGUGAGGUGGCUGCCGCUGUAGGGGACACCCUGACAUCCCUGCUUCUUGCUGAGAUGUCAGCGGCCAUGGCUGUGUUACAGACGCAGAAGGUGAAAAUCAGGUAUAGAGCUGUCACAAGUGCCUACUACAGAGGUGCUUUGGGAGCUCUGCUAGUCUAUGAUAUCACGAAACGCCAGAGCUUCGACCACAUACCUCGCUGGCUGGAAGAGCUUCGGGGCCAUGCUGACAAGAACAUUGUCAUCAUGCUGCUCGGCAACAAGAGUGACCUCGAAGAGGAGCGUGCUGUAAGCACCGAGGAUGCCAAGGAGUUUGCCGAGAAGGAGAACCUCUUCUUCCUCGAGACCUCCGCGCUGCAGGCGACCAAUGUCGAAAAUGCCUUCCAGACCGUCUUGACAGAGAUCUUUAAGAUCCACAGCAAGAAGAACAUGGCAGCGGACCCAAAAGCCAAUGGGGCCGCACCAUCGCUGGCAGGGAAGAAGGUCAUUGUCCCAGGCCCAGCUCAGGAGAUCCCCAAGAGCAAGUGCUGCAGUUCCAUGUGA